AUGGCCCACCCAAUCAUCUUCAACGGCAGUCUCGGCUUAGGCCUCAUGCUAGUCGGCCUCGGUCUCAAUGCAACCCUCCGCCCAAACGACCAUCUCCAACGCCUCGAAUUUCCCAUCCCCACUGAGCCUCUUGCAAAAAAGUUUAGUCUCGCGCUCAUGAAGAUCUGGGGCGUUCGCAACAUCACUGUCGGCGUGCUGGUCUCCAUCAUCUGGACCACGGGAGAUGAGACACUAAUGGCCAAGGCUUUGAGCGCAGCACUGGCUAUGCCGAUCACUGAUGGGUUCGUGAGUCGGAUUAUUAUUGGAGGCGGGGAGACGCAGCAUUGGGUGUUUCCUCCUUUGCUUGUUGUUAUGGCUGCCGGGUUGUUUGGAUUCUUUUGA